AUGAACUACGACUACAAAUUUGACCUUGACGACAACUGUCCCACCGAAGUUCCCUUCUGUCCCAUCAAUCCUUCAGACUUGGAUUUGAACCUUGUUCCCCGCUAUCUUUUUCGUGUGUUCUCUCGAGACAGUUCGGGAUGGAAUAGCAGCAAGUGGAUGAGAUCGGAAGCUGCUUUACAUACCAAGGUCAAUGAUAUAUUCACGCGAGACGACACCUCGGGUAUCGCCAUUGCCUUGAACGAACACAUACGGUGGCAGUUCAACACGCCAAUACGCCAUCGCGUAUUUAUAUCAUGGACAGCCUCGCUUGCUUUUGCCAUUCAAUUGGCAAUCCACAAGCACAAGCGAGAAAGACUAUCGUUACAUGAAAUCUACAUAUGCGUUCUUGAUACCGCAAUGUUCCCAUCUGGAACUUUUGUCAGAGACCUCACGCUCAUGAAAGAAUUCAAAUCCAAAGUUCCAGAUACUCAAAAUAUAAGGUUCAACGGGUCUCAGACAACGUGGAGUAGACGUGGACUCGAGGCCAUGUACCGCAGCCAUAUCAAAGGCCGCUGUUAUGACUUUGCCGAGUACCUUGCUCAAGGCCAGCUUCGCGUCAAGGGCCGGUCAACAGUGCUAUCUUGUGACAAGGUCAUAAAUGCAAAUUUGUUUGCAUUGGCGCCGCAUUGCGAAAGAUCUCUGGGCCGCAGGGAUAACGGGCUUGCCAAUGAAGUUCACUCAGGCCGCGCAUCAUUUGCUGCCGACAGUCCUCGAUCUAUAACGCUCAAUGAGUACACAUCAGCUGUCAGGAUUGCACAGGAAUUCCCGACUCGUUGGCGCAUCAUGAUGAUCGCUAGUCUUCUCGCCCUCCAUUGUCGUCCAACGAGCGAUUCUGUGCAUAUUCCAGUUGAACCUACCCUAUCGAAAGGUGAGAUGAUCCGAUCUCGCAAAAUGGAAUUGACUUGUCAUCUGACAGUUCACAGUCGAUGA